AUGGCCAGAGGUCCGCGGCACGGUUCUGACGGAGAGAAGGCGCACACACUCGCCGCCUCUUCCCAUGAAGGCCGCAGAAGCUGUCCAGAUAGCGUGUCGUGCACACUGCCACGCAGCGCAAUCUUCCUGGUGCCACGAAAAUUGCGACGAAGCUUAGCUUCACAGGCUGAGCCCCAAGAUGGUUUCCUUUGGCCUCGGGGCAAAUGCUCCACCCUCGUGCAAGGGAUUUCCGAGCACUGCGCAGUGGCCACGACCAUGGCCAGCCGCCCGUUUUUUGCACAAAAACACGCCCGUGCACGUGUCACCUGUGCUGUGAUCCAAGACAUGGCGCAGCCAAGGUUCAUCGGGCAAGACUGA